AUGAGACCAAGUAACUUUGAGUUAAACGCCAACCGCGAGGAGCACUGCAUUGCUAUCACCUACGAAAGGAAGCGCUACAAGUGCGGGAACACAAUGUUCAAACGCAGCUUGCGGCCAUUUACAUGGCAGAGCCAUAGCGCCUCACAUACGUCCCACAUCUUAAUAAAGAGCGGCGCGUGCCUCGAAUAUCUUGCGAGAAAUACAAAUAUUCUGCUGCCGAAAUUUUACGCCAAUUUUAAAGAUAAUGGCGCCGGCUGCCUGUUACGGAAUACGUCGAUGGAGUGGGGAUGA